UAACUUACCUUGCUGUUUUCAUUUUAAGUUUACGGCUACAUAAAUAUUGAUUAAUAUAUAAAUAUAAGAUUUAACAAAAACUCAACAGAUUCAACAGAUGUGGGAAACUUGAACUGUUCUAUCACGUUUAGGUACAGGCUAGGUUAGCCUGCUAACGCUAGCCGCUGAUAACCGAUACGGUUAGCAACCUCAAAUGUUAGACGUGUUUCUCAAACCGGACAAAUGAGUGUGUGAUUUUUUCCAAAUAUUUCCAGAAUAGUACUUUAUUUAUUUCAAUUGUAAUUAUAAUGUAAUUUUGCCAGGGAUAACUACGAAUUUGCUUGCUUGUCUGGAUGUUCUCAGCGUAGCUAGCUUAGCCUGCUACCGCUACUGUUGAAUGAAACAGUCAACGUGAACUGGGACAAAGAAGCUAGAACAAAACCAAGCUGGUGUCGGGGUUUCUCUCUCUCUCUCUCGCUCCCCCUUUUUCUUUCUUUUACUGGUCGUCAGCAGUUCUGUUGUUAUUCCAGGCCUUUUUCAGAUAGUGGUAUCGUGGCAUUUUGAUGCAGCGACCAGCACAAUUUAGGAAUACCCGGGUGUGUACCUCUGGUUAACGUUUAGCAUUAGCAGUUACGAGCUAAAUGCCUUACUAUAACUUUUAGUAAAAGAGUUUCUGUAUAACAAGAUUCUAAUAAAUUAGGAGGAAAAUAACAAAAUUAGGUUGUUUGAGACUAAGAUCUAUGACUCAGAAGUGUGAAAUAUAGGUUAACACAGUUAGCAUGACGACACUAAAUGGGAGAAUCUUCGAGGCCCAGCAAGCAAUUCUUUAAACAGAAGACAAACACUAACCAAUUUGUACAUAAGCUCAAAUUGUUUUUUUUGUUUUUUUUGGGGGGGGGGGGGGGGUUAUCAAAAUAAAAUGACAUAUUUACUAAUAUAGCUCAUUAGGAUAUAUAUAUAUUCAGUUUUCCAUCAUUACUGUUAUCCAUAUUCAUCUACUAAAAUGUAUUUAUAUGGGAAUAAGAAAAGCAAAAAGUCAUACUAAUGUGGUUGUAUUACCUCGGGCUUUGUUUAAAGAUUCUCAGUGGGUUAAGGUUUGGUCUUGGUGGUGACCAUUUCAUGAAUAAAAUUACGUUUUGCUUUUAACCACUCUUUCACAUUAUGAGCCUGGUGUAUUCUGGCAUUGUCAUUUUGGAAUAUCUGAAUAAUAUGUGUGUCACUAACAUAGGAAGAAAUCUGUUAUUAGAAACACCAGGUUAUUAGCUGAUAUGACAAGUUCUGAUCAUUUAUUUAGUCAAAUUCAGGUGGUAAUUUUUUUUCUUUUUUUGACCAAGCAGUGUAUACCCUCAGUUAAGUUUUGAUACAUAAUUGUGAAUGUCUAUCUGAUUGUCCGUUUUGCAACCACAGGUCACAUCACAUUACAGGUGAGCAAAGUUCUAACUAAAUAACACCAUACAGAUUUAACAUUGCAUGUUUUUGUAGGCAGGAUGUUGCGGCUUCGCUGUAAAACCAAAAAUGGGAGCCACAUAAUGCAGGGCUUGACUCAUCAGUCCUGUGUGCAGGAGCUUAAAAAUAAGGUGGAGGAGCUGACGGGGAUCCCCUGUGAUGUGCAGAAAAUAAUGGUUGGUUACCCACCGUCUAGCCUUGAUCUUAGAAACGGCGAUGCUCACCUUAAGGACUACCCCAUCAAAUCAGGAGACACACUCAUUGUUGAGGAGGAAAAAAACAAGCCAAAGCAUCAGGAUCAUCCCAUUGUAAAAGCACCACGUCUGGAAGCCUCACCUGUGCUGGCACGCCGUGUGGUCCCAGCUGACAACUCUUGCCUCUUUACCAGUGUUUAUUAUGUUGUGGAAGGAGGUGUGUAUGACCCCACCUGUGCCCCUGAGAUGCGCGGCCUUAUUGCUCAGAUUGUGUCGAGUGACCCUGCAGCUUACUCUGAGGCAGUGCUAGGAAAAACUAACGAGGAGUACUGCACCUGGAUAAAACGUGAUGACACCUGGGGAGGAGCCAUUGAGGUAUCCAUCCUCUCAAAGUUUUACCAAUGUGAGAUUUGUGUGGUGGACACUCAAACAGUCCGAGUUGAUAGAUUUGGGGAGGAUGCUGGCUACCACAAACGUGUGUUGCUCAUCUAUGAUGGGAUCCAUUAUGACCCAUUGCAGAAAGAGAUCCCUGGUUCUGAGGCUCCACCUCAGACAAUCUUCUCUACCACAGAUGACAUCAUUUUGGCUCAGGCUCUUGAGUUAGCAGAUGAAGCUCGCCGCAAGCGCCAGUUUACAGACGUUAACCGGUUUGCUUUACGCUGCAUGGUGUGCCAGACAGGCCUGGUAGGACAAAAAGAAGCUCGUGAGCAUGCCAAGGAGACAGGCCACACAAAUUUUGGCGAAGUGUGAAAGUUGUAUUAUCUUUUUUCCCUUUUACAAUUACAACCACCUCUGGCCCCUGUGCCCCAUGUCUGGCAACUCUGUUGUUUUGUUUGCUUUCGUGUUUCCUCUACCUCACAUUACCCUGUGACUUCUGGAGAAUCUGCAGACACUAUGUUUAACCUUUAGCCGGUUCAGUAUUACUGUUUUAACUGCUGAAAGUUGUAAAAAUCAGAAAUGUUACUGCAGUGCUCCAAAGUCACUAAACCAUUAUGUUAGUCCGUUAGGUACGGUUUCAAAUCUUUUAACAAGGUCAAGUAAAAUAUGCAGAUAAUUCUUAGGCUCUGUUGAGAUUACUCAACUGAGAUUAAGUAAAUGGUGGCUAAAAUUUACCACAUUUAUUGUGUGCUAAAGACUCAGCACAUGGCUCUACAAAAAGUUAAAAACAGCCACUAAGAAUUAUUUGCACUACAACAUGAUCUUGUUCACUGUUGUCUUAAACACAGCACAAUAAGUAUGACUGUUAGCCAUCAUGUUGGUUUUGUAGCAUUUUCUUCAAAUGUACUAUUGGUAAUACUCAAUUUAUAGGGAAUUGGCCAUUAGGAUUGAGGUUAUACAUAUAGAAGUGAAGUAUAACAAACUGGUCCAGAUUUAGCUUAAUUAUGUUAUUAUUAUUUGAGGUUGCAACAUCAUUUAUCAAGUAGUUUAUUAGAUGGAAACACAAAAGAUGGUGCUGUGAACACAUUUACGAAAUCUGUAGCUCAUAAUUUUUCAUUGGUACGGCUAGUUUUCAGUGUUUAGUGUAAUUUUUAAUACAUGCCAUGGUGCUGUAAGAGCUUUUUAUUUUUGUAUGUUUGAGUUCCAGCACAUCUUGAAAAGUCCCUCAAAUGUAUUAAAAUAUGACUAAUUAAGCUGUAAUGUUUAACUAGAAGUCUGGAAUGAGUAUAACUGUGUUGUGUGGGAUCAGUUCUCCUGAAUAGAUUUAUUUUUUCAGGUGCAGUCAAUGCGUUAUAUCCUUUGUUGAUCAGCAUUAACCACUGACGUUUCAUAUUUAAGUUAAAGGCACAUUUUGGUUUAACCCCUUAAGAUUUGAUGCAACAUAAGACCACAUGUGCCUUCAGAUCGUAAUGGGUUAAUAUAUUGUGCAUGUUAUCUAAAACGUUUCACUGUACAUUUUGCACAAAAGGAAUUUGUUCUUACAUUAAGCUAAAGUCAGGCAUCAUCUCUUUGCAUGUACUUGCAUUUAACAAUAGGCCAGAAAUGUUUAAUUGGAGGAGGCCAUGAAGGUAAGAUUAUCUCCUUUUUUGCCCCUCUCUCUCUUGAAGUGCUCGUCAUAGUAGCCUCACAUUGUGCAGAGCAGUAUUUAUGAUUCAGGAAUAUUUGAUUACAGUAUUGGUCUAGAAUGCCAAAAACAUUAAGUUUAACAGUAAAAGUUAAGCUUUUUUCUUGGUUUAAAUAAAGGUGUUAGUGAAAAUAAACGGAAAGGAGAGCAAAAGUGUUUUAUGUGGAUUUCUCAUAAUUUGGUAGUUUGGAUUUUAACAGUGAUGGAUUAAUGAGCUUGUAUUAACAUGACACUAUGAAAUGGCUUAUUUGUUUUUUUGUAUUUUAUCAAGUUUUCAUGAAUAACAAUAACAGUGAAUGUUGCAUACAAAGCACUAUGGAAUAACUGGAUUUACUUGAUUUUUUUUCCUUUUUUUUUCCAUUGCUGUCACCAUUAAAAGCUAUAGCCAAA